UUAGGUAUUUUCUAAAUUUUUUUAAACAUAAAUAUAUACAUAUCCAAACUAUUAUUUAUGUUUUUAAAAAAAUAGAAAGUAUUAAACUUUAGUUUCUAUAUCAUUAUUUAUAUAGCUGAUAUAUUAUUAUAUAAUAAAAUUAAUUUAUUUAUUAACCCCGCGUUUCAUCCGUGGUCGAUCUAGUGACUGAGAAACCCAGUAAGUCGUCCGGUUCAGUAUCCGGGUCGGGUUUAAAAACAUUGUUUACCGGAUAACAACGGAUUAUGAAAGAACAAAUAGACACCAAAACUAUAAUGUUUUAGUUUUAAGUAUUAUCCAUAAAACCUAAGAACUAUCAGAAUCGAUUAAGAGUCUCAUUCGAAAUCGUAUAAAUAUAGCUCUAAUAAAAAACAUUUUUUAGACUUGUAUAAUAUACCUAAGACUUGAAAUUAUUUCUCAAAAAAUAAAACAUAGAAUAAUAGCAAGAAGACAUUGUCUUUCUUUUUUGUUUAUAUUAAAAUUCAAUGUUUAAAAAAUCUUAUAGAAGAACAUAAUAAAAAAUGACUGCACAAUUUUUUUUUUAUUUAUUGAUAAAAUAAUAAAGCUUUUAGGAUUUAGAAAAUUGAUUAGAUGUUACUAUAAAAAUCGAAAAAUAGAGAUCUAAUAAGGCUUAGCCCAUAAACUUAAAUGGGUUUAAUAUAAGGAAGUUAUCUCUCUAAUUAGGCCUUAACCCACAAAUAGAGAGAAACGAGUGGAAUUUAAUAAUUUUCAUAACAAUAAUAAUUACAAAAAGACAUUCGCACACACACACAUAGAGCUGGUCUACUCAAAUGUCCCGUGUCUUCUACGUUCAGUAUCAAUCAUCUCGGUGAGUCAGAGACGACGAACGCGGAGGAAGACGAAGAACGUGGAGAGAGUCUACCUCUCUCUCGACCAUGAUGAAUCCUGUCCUUCCGGUUUCCGAUCCUCCUCUCGCCGGAGAGAAUAAUCUCGACGGCAAAGGUGUAGUAGAAGACAACCGUCUUUUCAAAGGAUCCGCCAUGACCAAACGUGGCACUUACGCUGCUCUCUCUUACAUGGCCUGUGCAGUGAUGCUUGUGCUAUUCAAUAAAGCAGCUCUCUCUUCCUAUCACUUCCCCUGUGUUAACGUUAUCACUCUCUUUCAGAUGGUUUCUUCUACAUUGUUUCUAUACACGUUGAGGCGCAAAAAGAUCAUCUCUUUCACUGCGGCGGAUUCUGAUAAUAAUGUCUCAGCUUUUGUGCCGUUGAAGACAUUGUUUCACACCCUUCCUCUCUCAGCUGCCUAUCUUCUCUACAUGCUAGCCACUAUGGCGUCUGUGAGAGGGGUUAAUGUUCCCAUGUACACCACGCUUAGGCGUACCACGGUGGCUUUUACUAUGGUGAUUGAGUACUUGCUCACAGGUCAGAGAUACACCCGCUCUAUCAUUGGAAGUGUUGGCGUUAUUUUGUUUGGCGCAUUUUUCGCUGGAGCUAGGGACUUGUCAUUUGAUUUUUAUGGAUAUGGUGUCGUUUUCUUAGCCAACAUAACAACAGCAGUUUAUCUAGCAACCAUCUCCCGGACUGGGAAAUCAAGUGGCUUGAAUAGCUUUGGCCUUAUGUGGUGCAAUGGAAUUAUAUGCGGACCUAUAUUGAUGAUAUGGACAUACGUUUGUGGUGACUUGGAGAGGACUAUUAACUUUCCUCACCUCUUUUCUCCAGGUUUCAUGGUUGUGUUAUUAUGUUCGUGUGUGUUGGCUUUCUUCUUAAACUACAGCAUUUUUCUUAACACCACUCUCAACUCGGCUCUCACUCAGACAAUUUGUGGCAACAUGAAGGACGUCUUCACGGUUGGACUAGGCUGGUUGCUCUUUGGUGGACUCCCAUUCGACCUCAUGAAUGUGAUUGGACAGCUUUUUGGCUUCUUCGGGUCUGGUUUAUACGCAUACUAUAAGAUCAUUGGGAGGUAACUAGUCCAAAACAAAGAAGAGUGGCCCUAAUAAAGGCUCGAUGUGAAAAGAAACUAAAGGAAGCCUUUUAGUUCAACAGAGGUGAAGUAGUUCAGAGUAGUAUUAAUAAUGCGUUGCCUCAUUCCAUUUUUAUUUGAACUUGUGUAUUCAAGCAGGCAAAACAUUAACAAACUAGGAUAAGACCCGCGCCUUGCGCGGGAUUAAAUUAUUAUUUUUAUUAUAUUUU